AUGAAAUAAACAAAAUGGCAAAAUCUUCUCAAGUGCUGCUUGCAACUUUUUUAAUAUUUAUCACAAAACUUUAUGUCAUAAAAGGCAGUGAAAAUAUAUUCGUAUCGAACCAAAAUAAUGUUUAUUACAUUGAAAGUGAGCAAAAGUUUACCUGGUAUGAUGGUCUGGCAAAGUGUGCCAACAUGAACAUGAGUCUGGUGACCAUCGAUACUAAGCUUAAAUCUCAAGAGAUAACGUCCUUAUUGAAUGAUAUAUUUGGCAAAAGAAUACCUCUGUGGAUCGGUGGCACUAUUAAUGGCGUCAAUCCCAGGCAAUUUGUGUGGAUCUCAACGGGUAAAAAAUUCACUUACACCAACUGGGCUAAUGGACAACCAGAUUUUGCUGGCAAUAAUGAAUAUUGUGCUCAAACUGGCUGGACCAAUGCCAUGGAAUGGAAUGAUCAUGUGUGCUCCAAUCAAUAUGGUUUUAUGUGCGAAUACAGUCGUUAUCAUCAAUGUCAAGAGGAAACGAGGAAACAACAGCAAAUGGUGGGAGAAAUGCUGCCUGGUCGAACAUUUCGUGAUAUAGUUUUUAAUAUUAAUCCACAUAAUCCAUAAAUAAAAUGCGAGAGUCUGAAUAAAAUAA